GAGAAAAAUGGCCAACCUCCAUUUUCAUUCUUUGCUCAACCUCACAAUCUACGUUCUCUUGAUCUUCACCACCAUCAUCAACCUCUCCUCCUCCGCUCGAACCUUCGAAAACCCGACUCGAAAUCGCCACCGUAACCGUCGCAAGCUUUCAUUUCUAAUGAGAGAUGUGCUCAAUGUAACAACUCUUCACCCUUCAUCCAAAUCACCAACCACCAAGGCCACCAGUGAAUUGCCAUUUUCAAAACCCUUAGGUCUUUUCCCUCCCAACGGGGGAAUCCCCAUACCCGAAACCUACGCCACGACGACAACAUCGCCUGUUACCAAUUUGUCUGGUCAGACGCUCGAUCUAUCGACAAUUGGGAUAUCGUUUCCAGUCAGAGCAACACUCCAAGAGCUGGAGUAUGGAGCGGUGAGAGAGAUUAACGAGGAGCUGUUCGAGACUUCAAGGCAUAAAUUACAAGUUGUCGUAGGGAGAAUUGAAGGGUUUUAUGUAGAAAAUGGCGAAGAUAGUGGUGGACAUAUGAUGGCUAUGACAGUGUAUUUUGGUAAGGGCGAGGCAAAAGAUGGGCUGAGGUUGUUUGGAGUUUAUAGGGGUGAUCAUGUGAAGGAGUCUCACGUUGCUAUAAUUGGUGGCAUUGGCAAGUACCUUGGUGCUAACGGCUAUGCAACUUUGAAGAAAUUAGUUAGGGCAAAGCUUGGAGUCAAUUACAACAAGUUCAUAGAGUUUGAUGUUUAUUUGAGCAAAUAAAGAUGCCUAUCCCAAAGUUUGUAUUGGGAUAUAUUUUGAUAA